AUGGCAGAAGAGGAAGUGCUUGGGGCACGGCAACCCGUCGUGCCAAUCUUUAUGGGGGCUCCGUGGGCUCCGAAGUAUGGAGGCCCGGGAUCCGAAAUGAGCUUGUCGAUGUGGAAGGUACAGGUGGAGUACCUGGCAGGGCUCCAAGGUCUGAGUGCCCCGCAGCAGGUUCAGUUUGUUUUAAACUCUUUGGAAGGGGAAGCGAGGAGAGAAGUUCAGGCAGCACCGGCAGCAACUCGAGCGACUGUCCAGGCCAUUUUUGACUUCCUCACGGGACAAUAUGGAGACACCACCCCGGUAGCUGUUCUGAGGACGCAAUUUUUCAAUUCUCGGCAAGGCCCUCGGCAAUCUGUUCGGGCAUUUACCCUACAAUUACGGGAACAGUUUUCUAGACUUACAGGGAGACAGGAUCAUGGCCUGGGGGGCGAAGAGGUUUUACUACGAGAUCAGUUUUUAGUGGGGCUGCGGGAAGGCCCUGUGCGUCAGAGUCUGCGGGUGCAAUUUCGACGAACCCCGAACCUGACCUUUGAAGAGCUUCGACAAGAAGCACUGGCCCUUGAGUGUGACCACAUGGAGAAUGUAGAUCCUCCCAGCUGCCUAGCCACGAAUGUUGUUAGCACCCCUUCGACUACUACGACAUCUGACUGGAAGCAGGCCCUCCGGGAAGAGUUGAAGAGAGAUGUGCGGGAACAAAUGUCUGACCUAUCUAAAUCUUUUAUGGAGGAGCUUCGGCGAGAGCGCCUCCAGUUGUCCUCUUUACCGCGGGAGCGGGCUUACUCUGAUGGGAACCGUCCUCCCGACCGCCGUCCAUCCCGACCUUCUGGAUCGCGAUUUCAGUGGGAUGAGCGUGGGCGUCCCAUCUGCAACGGCUGUGGAGAGCCGGGACAUUACUUCCAGUUUCCGGCCACUGUGGGUCAAGUGGUCGGGACCCCCUUAUCAGACCCCUCUCUGCCUACAACUUCUAGGAGCCGCCUGGUGGGCUGUUGCCCAGUGGUGGUGGUUCAGGUCAAUGACCAGAAAGUGCAGUGCCUCUUGGAUACAGGCUCCCAAGUGACCCUAUUCACCGAAAGCUUGGCCCAUGAGUUGUUUGGCACCGAAGGUCGUCCACCUGCGGAAGCCCCCUGGUUGACGCUACGUGGGGCGAAUGGUCUUGACAUCCCGUAUGUGGGAUACCUUGUGACUGAUCUAAAGAUUCAGGGAGUAGUGGUGCCACAGAAAGGAGUGGUGGUCGUACGAGACACAUGCCUGGGGUCUCAUCGUGCCCUGAUUGGGAUGAACGUCAUUUCGGACUGUUGGGAGGAGCUGUUCCGAAGUAGACCGGCUCGAACAGCUGCAACAUCAGCCGGGCAGGAGUGGGACCGCAUCAGGGCCGACUGCCGUCGAGUAUGUCUGGCCGAACAACAGGGGGAUCGGGAAAGCACGGGAAGAGUAGCCUGCCGUUACGCCUUGUCCAUUCCAGCUCAGAGUGAGGCUUUGGUCGGGGUCAGGUUGCCUCCUCGACUUUAUAGUCCGGAAGAUUGGGUCAUGGUGGAACCCCAUGAAGAUGGUCCCAAGGUGGAAGUUGCUCGAGGAUUGGCGACUGUUCAGGGGGGCCGGGUCUCAGUGCGAGUCAGGAACAUGAAUCCCUUCCCUGUUCACUUGUAUCGUCACCAGCGUUUGGCCCGGGUGACCUCAGUGAGGCCCCAGCAGGUUCGUGAACAGGGUGAAGUCAACUUCAAUCGGGUAGGCCCGACAGUGGUAGAGGUGGCCCUGACACGAGCGGGUUCGGGGGCGGGAGAGAUAGGAGGAGGGUUGCCUACCCACCUGAUGGGGGAGUCUUUACGGGGUGAAGGACUAGGAGAAGAGCAAUUGGGACAACUCCAAGAGUUCUUGAUGGAAUGGCAGCACUUGUUUUCCACUCACGAUGAGGAUUACGGCCGCACGGAUGUGGUGCGACAUCAAAUCCCAACUGGGGAUGCUGCACCCAGCCGAGAGCGCUAUCGACCCGUGCCCCCGACCUUGUAUUCAGAGGUCCGCACCCUUUUGCGAGGGAUGCUUGACAAGGGGAUUAUUCGAGAGAGCAGUAGCCCUUGGGCUGCCCCGAUAGUACUGGUUCGAAAGAAAACUGGUUCCUGGAGGUUUUGUGUGGAUUACCGAAGGCUGAAUCAAGUCACCAAAAGGGAUGCUUUCCCGUUGCCUCGAGUUGAAGACUCUCUCACGAGCCUCACACAAGCCACCUGGUAUUCCACCCUUGACUUGGCCAGCGGUUACUGGCAGGUGCAGAUGGACGAGCAUGACCGGGAGAAGACUGCAUUCACUACCCCCUUUGGCCUAUAUGAAUGGGACCGGAUGCCGUUUGGCCUUUGCAACGCCCCAGCCACGUUCCAACGGCUGAUGCAGCGUUGUUUAGGCAACCAACUGAUGGAUUCCACCCUCGUCUAUCUAGACGACGUCAUUGUCUACUCCCCAGAUUUCAAGUCCCAUCUCGAGCACCUAGAGCAAGUCUUCCGUUCCCUAGAGCGAUAUGGGUUGAAGCUCCAGCCAGACAAGUGCCAGCUCUUCCGCAAAGAGGUUAAAUUCUUGGGGCAUGUGGUGAGUGCAGCGGGGAUUUCAGUUGAUCCCGAGAAGGUGGUGGCAGUGCAGGAGUGGGCUGCGCCCAAGACGGUGCGCCAGGUUCGUUCAUUCCUGGGCUUCGUGGGUUACUAUAGGCGAUUCAUUAAAGAUUUCUCUAAAAUCGCUAGGCCGAUCAACCAGUUGCUGGGAGGUAUGGGACGAGUUCGUGGCCGAGGGUCCCCUUCGAUCCAAUGGGAUCCGGCCUGUGAAGCUGCCUUCCAGAAACUCAAGCAGGAACUACUACAGGCCCCGAUCCUAGCCUACGCUGACUUCACACAACCCUUCAUCCUGUAUACCGAUGCUAGCCACCUGGGCUUGGGGGCUGUCUUGGCCCAGAAGCAACAGGGAGAGGAAAAGGUAAUCGCCUAUGCAAGCCGAAGUUUACAUCCAACGGAGAAGAACGACGCCAAUUACAGUUCUUUUAAGCUUGAGUUGCUGGCAGUGAAGUGGGCGUUGUGUGAAAAGUUCAAGGAUUACUUGUGGGGAGCCAAGGUACGGGUCGUCACAGACAAUAACCCGUUGGUUCAUUUGCAGACUGCUAAACUGGGGGCGGUGGAACAACGCUGGGUGGCACAACUGGCCAAUUUUGACUAUCAGCUCCAGUACCGGCCAGGAAGAGAACACACUAAUGCCGAUGUACUAUCAAGGUUACCCGGCGAAGGAUCGGCAGGUCAGGUACCAGCACCAGAAGCGGGGUCCGAUGAGGGACUGAUGGUGGGAGUUGUAGAGGCACCAGGGCAAGUAUCGGAGGAACCCCCCCUUGUUGGGGGUGGGACCCACAGCGAUGGAGGCGGUGGCAGGGCGAAGACGGAGAUGUAGCGUUGGUUCGAACGUGGCUAGAACAGAAGGCCUGGCCUGAGGGUGUGGGACGCCGGACUCAGACUCGGAUUGUGCGGGGCCUGCUGGGACAGAGGGGGAGACUCUAUUUGAAGGAAGGUGUGCUCUGUAGGGCCCUCCAGGACCCAGGUCGGGGCGAUGAGGUCUGUCAAAUCGUGGUCCCUGAAGGGCGUUGUCAGGCUUUAUUGGAGGCAUAUCACACCAAGAUGGGACAUCAGGGGCAGGAGAGGACAUUGGCACUGGUGAGGCGACAUUUCUACUGGCCCGGAAUGGAGGGUGCCACGAGGACUUACCUUCAGAGGUGCCCACGCUGCACGUUGUUUAAGACCAAGAAGGACGUACGGGCACCGCUGGUUCCGAUGCAGGCCAAGGCACCGCUACAUAUGGUGGCCAUGGAUUAUCUGACUUUGGGACGGCCAGUGGAUCGGAUCCAGAACAUCCUUGUGGUAACCGAUCUGUUUACUAAGUAUGCUUGGGCCAUCCCAACUGUGGACCAAACCGCCAUUACGACUGCCAACGCCCUUUGGAGGUAUGUGAUCCAACCAUUUGGAUGCCCUGAAAUUUUCCACUCAGACCAAGGAACCAACUUUGAGUCCAGGGUGAUCCAUGAGCUGUGCCAACUGUACGGAUGCAAGAAGACCCAUACGACUCCCUAUCACCCCCAAGGGAACGGGGGGUGUGAGAGGUUUAAUCAGACCUUGCUGAGUUUAUUAGGAACCUUAGAGGAGGAACAGCAAGGCCAUUGGGUCGACAGACUCCCGGCGAUGGUACAGGCCUAUAACAACAGUGUGCACAGUACCACUGGUUACGCCCCCACCUACCUGAUGUUCGGCAGACAUGUGAGACUUCCGAUGGAUAUGCUUCUGGGGACCACUGCAGGGGAAGAGGGAGGUAGUUUGACAGAUUGGGUGACGGGACAUCAUCAACGCCUCCAGUCAGCAUACGAACGAGUCUCGGGCCGGAUUAACCGAGCAGCGUUGAAGAACAAGAGGUUGUAUGACCGGACGGCUCGAGAGGCACCGUUACUACCAGGGGAGAGGGUGCUGGUGCGGGAUAAUCGCCGACAAGGGAAGGGAAAAUUGAGUGACCGGUGGGAGGCUCAGCCGUUUGUCGUUUUGCGACAGCCACACCCAGACCAACCCGUAUAUGCAUUGCGGCCAGAAGGAAAGGCGGGCCCCGAACGGGUGUUACAUCGAAAUUUGAUCCGCCCUUGCCCAAACUACCCAAAACGUGUUGUAGAGAAUCCACCGGUUGAAACGUCCGGGAUGCCCCCGCUGGUAGGAUGGGCGGUGAUUCCAGGAGGCCUGGGCCUAGGGCUACGACCUGAAGCACCCAUUUCCCCACCUCGACGGUCCCAGCGUGAGAAUCGAGGUCAGCCUCCAGCUAGGUUUGGAGACUGGGUGUCUGGAGACCGUUCUCGGGACUAGAACGGUUUGGCGGGGGGGUAUGUCACAGUGUGACAAAUGGCAUGUGGAACUUAUUCCCGCUGAAGCAGUGUUCCCGGGGGAACGCUUUGAGUGUAACCCUGUUCCCAGGCCUGUGUGUGCGUUUGUUGCUGUGACAACCCCAAAUGAUGGAUUGGCAACAGGUGUGGGGGAUUUACUCAGAGUUUGCGUGAGGCCUCAUCAACAGUGGAGAGGAUAAAAAGCAAGAGAGAGAGGUGGUGCGUGUGGUUUUUCUCCCUUGUGAAAAGUCGUUUUAUUGGGUGGUAAUAGUUACUGGAGGACGGGUGAAUGAAGAGGACAGUGUUGCUUGAUGAGGGAUUCGAGAACAACAGCAGGAGAGUGAAUUACCCUGUUUGCAUUGGAGAGGAGCUGAGUAACUGAGAACUGAGUCUUGUAAUUGCACACGUUUGACACUGAAUUGGAUGUGGUUUGGAGUGUUUGGAUCACGAUCAUAAAUAUCACUGAGUGGAUUGUAUUGAUUCAUUACCGAUCUCUUACCUCUCCCUCCUCUAUAAAUGGUGAUGUGAACUCUGCCUGUGACUGUGAAGAAAAACACCUCAGAACAUCCUCAGUGGCAGUGAGGAUUGCGCCCUCCCCCUUCCCCUCGGACAGAAACCCGAAUGAGAAGAGAUGCCCUGUUGAAAUAUUUACUAUCUGCCUCAGAAAAGCUCUGUGCAACCUGUUGACUUCGAGUCUGCUGUAUCCCUGCCAUUCAACUGUAUGGUGAGAGGUGUUCGCUCCUUCCAAUACAUGUGAAUUGUAUACUUGCCUGAAACAUCCAUUCUGUCUGUCUCAGAAGAAGCCCAUAUUCAGCCUGUUGACUUCGAGUCUGCUGUAACCCUGCCAUUCAACUGUAUGGAGAGAAGUGUUCGUUCCUUCCACUGCCUGUGAACUGUAUACUUGCCUGAAACAUCCAUUCUGUCCGUCUCAGAAGGAGCCCCAUUCGGCCUGUUGACUUCGAGUCUGCUGUAUCCCUGCUAUUCGUCUGUAUUGUGAGAAGUGUUCGUUCCUUCCAAUGCAUGUGAACUGUAUACUUGCCUGAAACAUCCAUUCUGUCUGUCUCAGAAGAAGCCCGAUUCAGCCUGUUGACUUCGAGUCUGCUGUAUCCCUGCCAUUCAACUGUAUGGUGAGAAGUGUUCGCUCCUUCCAAUGCAUGUGAACUGUAUACUUGCCUGAAACAUCCAAUCUGUCUGUCUCAGAAGAAGCCCCAUUCAGCCUGUUGACUUCGAGUCUGCUGUAUCCCUGCUAUUCGUCUGUAUUGUGAGAAGUGUUCGUUCCUUCCAAUGCAUGUGAACUGUAUACUUGCCUGAAACAUCCAUUCUGUCUGUCUCAGAAGAAGCCCCAUUCAGCCUGUUGACUUCGAGUCUGCUGUAUCCCUGCCAUUCAACUGUAUGGUGAGAAGUGUUCGCUCCUUCCAAUGCAUGUGAACUGUAUACUUGCCUGAAACAUCCAUUCUGUCUGUCUCAGAAGAAGCCCCAUUCAGCCUGUUGACUUCGAGUCUGCUGUAUCCCUGCUAUUCAUCUGUAUGAGGAAGCCCCAUUCAGCCUGUUGACUUCGAGUCUGCUGUAUCCCUGCUAUUCAUCCGUAUUAAACCCUGCACAGCCUGUUGACUUAGAGUUUGUUGCAUCCUUGUGGCCCACCUGUGCUGAGAGAGGUGACUGUCCUUUGUCACGAACGUGAGAGGGGCACGCUUUGUCUGGAAUAUCCACUCUGACGGUGUCAGGAGAAGCCACCUUACGGUAAGACCGUGCACCUGCCGUAUACGUACUUGACUGAUAUCAUUCGCCUCAAAUUCCGUACCUGUGGAAGAAGGAAGGAAGGCUGGAAUUACAUACUUACCGGAGGAGACUUACCGGACCCCUCACUUGCCAAACACAUCCCCACCUCAAGGCUGUGUAUCUGCCGUGUACGGACCUGACCGAUAUCCAUCCGUCCCAAAUUCUGCAUCUGUGAAGAAGGGAAGGGAGUUUGGAAGUAUUUAAUUACCAGAGGAGACUUACCAGACUGCGGGCCUGCCGAUUGUAUUCCCACCUGUGAAAUAACUACUUGACCACCCAUCUGUCCAUCUAUUGCGGGGCCCGCACAGAGGAAGAGGGCGGGAGAGUCCCCGGUCGCUGCAUUGUUUACCUUCAAGCCCUGAGGGUAACAAAGAAGAUUUUAGGUUAGGAUUCCCAAUUUGCUUUUACUUCAAAAUAAAACUUGUUAAAUUUA